AGUAACACCCCCCUCGCAACAAUUGCGGCCCGGAGCUGGAAGCCUCCUUUCGGUUGAGGACUGAAAGGUGGGGCUGCCAGGCUGCCCUCCGGGCCCACGCCCUGCUCUCACCCUCCCGCGCAGAAGAGCCGAUCUCUUGAUGACAGGUAGCAUCCAUGACAGCUGCCUGGAGCCUCCAUGGGUAGGGGUAGUUCCCCUCUGCAUUCCUGGUGGCCCUGGGCUCUCAGUGUGGGAGGGAAGAGCUUCGGAGUGCCCGGGAGGGGAGGGCUUGCUGUGGCUGGAAGGACGUCUGUGUGAACGAGUGGGCUUUUCCCUUGAGACAGUAGGACAUCAGCCUGUGCCCCCUCCCCUGCUUUCCAGUUGGCUCUUUGGGGUUGAGCUGAAGGGAAGCAGACGGGUUCCCUGCGUUCUGUGAGCGGGGGCGGGGGGAGCUCUCAGUCGGAUGCCCGUUGGCUGCGGUCUGGAGAAGGUGCAGGUUUGUUAAACAGCUUAAAUGUGGUGUUUGCAAGCGCCCUUUGGUUGAAGAUGCCAGUUAAAGACCAAACAUCUGGCCAGGUGGGCCUCUCCCUGCCUACUCCCCUCCCCCGCAAGAUAUGUCAGUAAAGGACAGGAGACACAUCUCAGGUGUGAGAAGACCUGCAGGCCCUUCUCUGUUUUGUGAAGUCUUUUUUCCUGGAGUUGAGCAGACAAGACGCACAGCUACGCUCGGAGGUUGUCAGGGCCACAGAGAACUGGAGGGAGUUGCAGCCCCUCCACAUUAAAAAUCCAUUUUUAGUUUUACCCCCUCGAAGUCGACUGAGACAAGGAGAGAGUCUCUGCGCUGGGUAAACAGUUGGGAGACGGAAAGCGCUGCUCAUGUACGUGGGAAGGCCGGGGGGGGGGAUUCAGCUCUACCCAGCCUGGCUCAGGAGCAGUAAUUCCCCCUCCCUGCCGGAAGAUGGACGCUCCUUGAUUGCGCAGAGGGGAGCAGCCUUUUCAUUCGUUCCCCCUUUCGUGACUUCUUGGCUGGUCUGAGAAAGCUUUUGCCCAGCGCUGGGUCACCUGCCCUUCCGUCCCCUUCUGCCUCCUCCUGGGCUGAGCUCUUCCUUGGACUGGCGUAAAAGAAGCUGCUGGGGCGACGCCCCCAGGGUGUGACUUCCGUGACCUGGGGUUGGCGGGCAGGAAGAGGCUGGUGGACGCGCUGUUUCCCUUUCGGAAGGGGCUCUUUUCUGGCUCCUCGUAAGACUGGCCUCUGCCACCCAGAGCAGGAAAGAAAAACUGGUCUUGAAGGGGAGCGUGGAUUUUUCUGCCAUGCUGGGGGGCUGCGGGGGUUUAGCUUUGCUUCCCCAAACCUGCCCCUCUCUGAGCAAAAGGAAGGAAGGGUGCUGCCCCUUGCUCUGCCCCCACUCAGUAGCCCCUACGCUCGGUCCCCUGGCACUUGGGAGGGGAGAUCAUGGGGUUCAAACUGCUUCCCAGCCGAGUUGGGGUCAUCCGGGAGCUGGGAGGGCUGCUGAGGUGGGGCUACCUGCCUCCGGGCUGACCCUUCUGGGGAAGGAAGGGGAUCCUCUGUGUUGUGGGGGUGUUGGCUCAGAAGCCCUACCGCCGUGAGGAAAUACUGGCCUCGUCCUGCUCCUGUGCAGGCCUUACCGAUGUGAGUAAAGAUCACACCUGAGGAGGAGGAGGAGGAGGCACCAGGGGCUCUGGGCUAGCCUGGCGCUCCUCUCCUGCAGUUCCGUUGCCCGUGGUCUUCCGCCUGGGCCGGUUAAAGGCUCCUGGCGAGGCGCUGAUCCUCUGCAGGAGAAACUAACACGCGCACCUGCAAAGCCACGAGGAGGCCGGACGCCCGCCGUUUGUUUCUCUGCCGUGGCUCUGGGGCCGAGGGAGUCCAGAAGCCAACCCAAGGCGGGCGGGAAGGCCGUCGUGCUGGCAACCAACGGAAUCUGGAGGGUUUCCAGGCAGGUCUGCAGGGCUGGCCCACGGCAAGGCCAGGCCCAGGAUGAGUUCCUCCUCGCUGCUGGAGGAGAGCUCCCUCGAGCCCCCGGUGCUGCUGAGCGACAUCAAGACGGAGCCCCCCGAAGAGCUGCUGGCCACCGACUGCAACCAACCGCAGGCCGAGCCGGUGGACCUGUCUCUCCAUAAGCCCAAGAGCUCCCUGCAGCCUCCUGCCGUCCGCUCUUCGCCCAUGCUGGCCACACCGCCCACCCCAGCCCCCGUGGUCUCCAUGUCACCCUCGGGGCUGGGCUCAUCCUCGGCCAUCCCCGCCGUGCUCUCCCCCGGCUCCAUCCUCGCGUCGACGCAGGGCAGUGGCGGGCAGCAGAUCUUGCACGUCAUCCACACCAUCCCUUCGGUCAACCUGCCCAGCAAGAUGGGCCACCUGCAGACCAUCCCCGUGGUGGUGCAGUCCCUGCCUGUGGUCUAUACCGCCAUGCCCAGCGACGGCGUCACGGCCGCCAUCACGGUGCCGCUGAUUGGGGGGGAUGGCAAGAACGCUGGAUCUGUGAAAGUCGACCCCAGUUCCAUGUGCCCCGUGGAGAUCAAUAGUGACAGCGAGGACAGUGCCUCCGAGAGUGGGCCCGCCUCCUUUCCCGACCCCCAGAAAGAGCCCUCAUUGGGGAGACCGCCGCGGACGGAGUCCCCUGACCUGAAGAAGAGGCGGAUCCACCAGUGUGACUUCGAGGGGUGCAACAAAGUUUACACGAAGAGCUCACACUUGAAAGCACACCGAAGGAUACACACCGGAGAGAAGCCCUACAGGUGCACCUGGGAGGGUUGCACCUGGAAGUUUGCUCGCUCGGACGAGCUGACCAGGCACUUCCGCAAGCACACGGGCAUCAAGCCCUUCCGUUGCUCAGACUGCGACCGCAGCUUCUCGCGCUCCGACCACCUGGCUCUGCACCGCCGGAGACACAUCAUGAUGUGAGCGGGGCAGGGGGUGGGCAGCCCGUUUCCCACCAGCCCCUGAAGCGGCGUCCCGUUGUGAGCCUUGGCGGCGAGUCGAGAGCCGUGCACCCGGAGAGCGUCCGUGCCAUCCUGCAGCCCCGAGACUGGCCUGCUGUCUCUGUGGGCCGUGGAGGUUCAGAGUCUUGGGAAAAUCCAGCCCUCUGGAAGCCAAGUGGGGGGCACCGGUUGCUGGAGCAGACUGCAGAGGGGCUUCUGCAGUGGGACCCAGGCAAGGAAAGCUGCCGACCCCGCGUUUCUCAGGGGGCCACAGUGCCACGCCCACGCACGGGGCUCUUCUCCACGUGGCACAGAAGCCAGGCAGCCUCCGGUUCUUUGCCGGCAUUCCUUGCUCACAGCACAAAAACAGAAAUCCCACACCACCAGGAAGGAACUGGUGUGCUGGGGGUGGGGGGUGGGCUUGGGGUUGAUUGCUUUUAACUAAGUUUUUAUGAGCGCUGGAACAAAGCCUGUAGCUGAAAUUUGGCUUGGAACCCACCCUGGAGACCCCACAGGCGGGACUGAUUUGCUUCUGGGACUGUGCGAAGCCGUCACUUUGCAUAGCUUCCCGUCCAGCCGGGGACCGCAGCUCUCCUCUUGAGAGACGUUUUGCUGAACAUUUUGAAUUCAAGAUCAACUUUUUUUUGGAUUUUAAAACUGUAUUGCAUUCGGGGGAGGGGGAGAGGGAGGGGCGCCACUCCGAUCAAAUCGUGGCAGGGCUGAGCCCGUCCUGGCCAGCGGCUCAUUUUGCCGCUCGUGGGCACGCAGAGGCCUUCUCAAAAGAGGCCCCAUGUUCGGCAGGGAGGGGGCGGAGGGGCUGGGCUGGAAUCAAGAAAAAAGGAAAAACUCGGGAACGCAGAACUGUGACACCCACUCAGUUAGACGGGGGUGGGGGGAGUGGUUCCUAAUUCUGCCUGCAAGGUCAGAAAGGGCAAGUAAGGCAGAUAAAUAUUUCGAACCCGGCAACCUGCACCCGGAUGGCUUUCUGUGUUUUGUUGGGGUGGUUCAGCAGAAGGCGCUGUGCGGGGGCGCGCUGAGAUGUUCAGAACUGUCACUUUGGGGGCAGUCAGGUUUGGAGAUGAUGUGCUGUGUUCCAGUUGUGUGUGUGCGUGUGCGCGCACGUGUGCAUGAAAGGCUGUUGUUACUCGCUGGCCUUCGCAGCUUUGUGCUGAACGGUUGGCUCUUUGUGAGGAGGACCCAAGGCUGUGGGGUGGGGAGGGAAUGAGGAGGCUUCCCCAGGAUUUCCGCCUGUUGGGUGGAUGUUCACCCGGGAGUUAGACGUGGGGAAUGACUUCAGGUGGGACAGCAGCAAGCGUGAGGGUACCACACAGUGCUGCAUUCUUGGACCCGCUGGCCCUUUUGGUGCCUUGACCUGUGUGAAGGAUUAGCGCUGCCAUGAGGCGUGCCAGUGUCGCCUGGCACAUUAAACUACAGUGGGAACAGGAAGCCACUUUGGACUCCUGUCUGCCGGGGCUCCUCUCUGCAGCUGGCUCCAAAUGUCCUUGCCAAAGCAGGACAGGAUGAGCCCCCCCCGGCAGCUGUCCUUCUGGGCAACCUGUUUGUCCUUCGCAGUGGCAGCAGGAUGCAGCCCUGGUCUCCUCUGGCCUGCUACCUCCGGUCCUCCUGUCGCUUCCUCUCCGGAAGAGGAGGAGGCGGCGGCGGCCUCACUGAUGCUCAGCAAGCGCUCCUCGGCCCGGGGAGCGAGCCUGCCCAUGGGCCACUCAGGCCUCAGCCGAUUCCAAGGGGGCUUCAUGUCGCUCUACGGAGUAAGCCCCCCAAUAUCUCUGCAGUCAGAUGUCAGGCCUCAUCUGGCCAGAAG